CAUUCUUGGUGAAUGUCCCCUUGGUAGGACCUCCACUGCUCUAACAAUUAUCCCCUAUCCUGUGGAUAGGAUAACUUAUCACAACCCAAAUACCCCUUUAAUGAUUUUUUUUCUGGUCAUAUAAAACAUUCCACACGACUUCUCCAACUGUUUGAUGACCUUUAAAAUAUUUAUUUCACAGCUUGUGAAGCCGGGUGACGAUCUGAACAUAAUAUAUGUUACAGAGACAGAUGUGAGGGGGGAUGAGCAGAGUAUAGAGGACAUUCCUACAGAUAACAGCCCAGCUUUACUCUUAGCAGAUGACUGUCCCAGGAGCUCAGUGGAACAUCUGAUAUCUUCAGAUUUUAAAACAGAUGAUUGUGGAGUCACAGAAGAUACAUAUGAAGAGCAUAUCAUUAUCUCAGAUGUACCCCAAGCCUUUCACAGCAAAGAUCCAUCAUCUGAUUCUUUAGACCAAGUCCAGUUUUCUGAUUCAUUACAGUCUGUAACACAAAAUAAAUGUCACAGAAGAAGUGUUCAACCUCAAAGAACACACAUAGGGAAGAAGCGAUAUUCAUGUUCAGAAUGUGAGAAAUGUUUUGCAGAUAAAUUACAUCUGGUUAUGCACCACAGAAGUCACACAGGGGAGAAGCCAUAUUCAUGUUCAGAAUGUGAGAAGUGUUUUACAAAUAAAUCGGAUCUUAUUAGACAUCAGAGGAUUCACACAGGGGAGAAGCCAUUUUUAUGUUUAGAAUGUGGAAAACGUUAUAACCAGAAAUCAGAUCUUGUUAUACAUGAGAGAAUUCACACAGGGGAGAAGCCAUUUUCAUGUUCACACUGUGGCAAAUGUUUUAUCCAGAAAUCAGAACUUGUUAUACAUGAGAGAAGUCACACAGGGGAGAAGCCAUAUUCAUGUUCAGAGUGUGGUAAAUGUUUUGCAGAUAAAUCACAUCUUGUUAAACAUGAAAGAACUCACACAGGAGAGAAGCCAUAUUCAUGCUCAGAAUGUGAGAAAAGUUUUGCAGGUAAAUCACAACUUGUUGUGCAUCAGAGAAGUCACACAGGGGAGAGGCCAUUUUCAUGUUCGGAAUGUGAGAAAUGCUUUACAAAUAAAGCAGAUCUUAUUAGACAUCAGAGAAUCCACACAGGGGAAAAGCCAUUUCUUUGUUUAGAAUGUGGGAAAUGUUUUAUCCAGAAAUCAGCUCUUCUUACACACCGGAGAAUUCACACAGGGGAGAGACCAUUUUCAUGUUCAGAAUGUGGGAAAUGUUUUAGCCGGAAAUUACAUCUUACUAGACAUCAGAGAAUUCAUACUCCCAGGGAGAAGCUUUAACCAAAACUUAGCUCUAUCAAAGCAGAGAACUUACGGAAGGAAAAACAUUUUUAUUCCCAUGUUUUAUCCACAAAUCACAUCUUAAACAUUAAGAGGAUUGACAAUUUCAUAAUCAAAAAUUCCUAAACGCCCAUAAACUGAAGGUCUCGACUACCUGUUCUUACUUCACCUCUGGUGCUGUCUCAGAAAGCCUCUGUCUUUCGAUUCAUAGUGUAGAGACCACGACCACCUGGUCCAUGCUAAAGUAGCUGGUUACAAUCAUGUAGCUUACUCAUUGGACCGUCUUCACAUCUGUCUUCCCUGCCUUAUCCUCUUCUGUGUAGGCGCUGGGCUCAUUCAGCUACUGUCCAGUGCCUGCACAUAAAAGGAUUUGGCAAAGCGGACAGCAGAGAUAGCCAUAACAUUGCCAGCUUACUUGCCAUGGACAGGACAGCCAUGGGGUCUGCCCUAGUGUAAAGAAUCCCCUCAAUGUGCAGAGAUACUAGGUAUAGGUAUAUGACAAAAAGACAAGAUCAAGUGACAACCAGUCUUUAUAUAGUAGAAACACAGGUCAUCAGAGUAGUCGGGGAGUCAACAACUACUACUACUACUCUUUCUGACUGUCUACUAAGAGGUUAACCCCUUCAUAUCCCAUCAAUAAGGUGCUUUUAUUUUUUCCCAAAAACCUAUACUGUUCUCGAGCCCUGAGAUAGUUAAGAAACUACGGAACGGAACUAAGUAAGUGUCCCUGCUCUGUAAUCAGCGGAUCUAUCACUAGUUUAUGAUUCUCUUACAUCAGACAGAACAAACCAGUUGACAGAUUCUCUUUACCUUUAUAUAACUGCAUCUCAUAACAUCUUGAUAGCAGUCCAUAACCCCUUUCCCCUGUAAAUUUGCAGUUCUACUAUUCCUUUAUUUAAAAUAUAUAUUUGUGGGAAUUUUAUGUAUUCUCAUGAGUUUGGUAUAUUUGGUAUUAUUUUCAGGAGAAACUGGGCUUUCAUUUAGUGGUAUAUAUUAUGGGUCUUCUUAUCUGGCUUUUUUUAACUUACAAAAAGGCAAAAAAGGGGGGAAAAUGCAGUUUUCUCCAAUUUCAUGUGCAAUAUUUUAAAAAUAUAUAUA